CCCCACUCACGGAAACACUCGAGUAUUUCGUCUUAAUAGCCUGUUGGAACCACGGGGCCCCUAUUCUAUUUAUUUACCGCUAUGCGGCAGGCCGGCUGAUGCUCAAUGUCCCCUUAUUCAGUUCAUGGCGUCGCAUUUGAUGACCUUGCCCGAAUAUUUUCAGCUAGACACCAAAACAACGAGGUUCUCGAGAUUGAGAUUCUUCCUCCUGGUCUAGGUCCUCUCUUACAGGAUGGCAACUCGGUUGGCAUCACAAAGAAGUACCUGGUUCAGGCUUUCAUUACGGCAAGACGCAUUUUCUUCAACGCUCUAAAUGGGACUUCCGUAAUUGAGCCUGGACAUGAGAACACUAUCUCUCCAUGUGGACCCUGGAAUUAUGCUUCAGACGAGCUCCUCAUUGUAUCUACUGAAAUCAUUCUCCUCUUUGACUGCGAGCAUCUGACAGCAUGCAACUGGCGCAAAAGGCGCCUGGCUGCUUUCAUCCAGCGCCACGAUCUUGCAGAUUCUGACGUUGAUAGUCUCUGGUCACUCGUCGAUGCCUUGGGCAAAGAGCUCUCAAUGACCAAGACCUUUUUGUGCUCUCGAUUGCAUCGACACACCAAAUCACCAACACUAUGGAAUCACCGCUUGUGGGCCCUGACUCGCUUAAUCCGCAUCCAAGAGCUGGAGAAAGCAGCAUCUGCUCCCAGAAGGCAGCUGGAUGAGUUCGCGCAUGGAACGAUCCCAGGAAUAACGAAUGAUGAAUUGACCAUGGUACUCCGGGCUGGAGAACUUCACCCUCGGAACUAUUACGCCUUUAGUUAUAUGAGAGCAGUCAUCCAUAUUGCCACUGAUACGAGUGAAAGUGGCCAGAAUGCCUCUACAAUACUAGCUGAAUCUAUGAUGCCAAAAGCUUUGCGAUGGUGUCUGGCCCAUCCUGCCGAUAUAUCGGGAUGGGCAUUUACUAACUUCUUACUUGAGAAAGUUUCUCGAGGUGAGAUUCGCAGAAAUGCUGUCAGUCAGGCGAUACAGUUCGCCUUGGAUAUCGGUUGGAAGGGUGAGAGUCUGUGGGUAUUCGUGUGCUCAGCGUCAACCAGCCUAGACGGCGAAACCAUGAUCGAAGAUGGGCCAUGGGCCUCUCGAUGGAAUGCAUUGGCGGGAGAUUCUCUACCAAAAUCUGGACUGAAGGAUGGUUGGAGGGUCUGGCUAGAAAGGGCGAGGGCUGCCUGGGCUGCUGACCCACCGGUCAAUGAGAACAAUGGUCAGCCGUCCACAUGAAGACACACCAGACGUAUACUCAAUCAGGGGUCGUGCGUGCUUUUGGACAAGGAGUAUGCGUACCUCGUCGCAUCAUACACCUUUACAUGUAAAACAUGAAGAUAUUGCAUGACUUGCGAGGUAGCCUCGUUGCAAACGCCAAAUGUGACCAAAUUGAAUCAAGUCCUCGCUAACUAACUUAUCAUGUUCUCGUAACAUGCUCCAAAUC